AACUGACUGCUGUUUUAUCCGUGCUGCAGGAAGAGAGAAACUCACGAGUCGUCCCACCAUGAAGGGAGGAACAAGUCUUCUGUUCUGCCUCGUUAUAGCAGCGUGUUCCUGUGGCAUCGCUGCUCAGACGGCAGAGUGUGAAAAUGCCACGGUGGCUGACAUCGUCUUCCUGGUGGACGGCUCCUCCAGCAUCGACCCGUCAAGCUUUCAAGAGGUCCGGAUUUUUCUCCGCAACAUCAUCAGGGCCCUCGACAUCGGCCCCAACAAAGUUCGGAUCGGCGUGGCUCAGUACAGUGAUGACCCUUACCAGGAGUUCCUGCUGAAGGAUCACAAGGACAAGAAAUCCCUGCUGGCCGCGGUGGAUAACAUUCCCCACCGAACGGGAGGCACAGAAACUGGCAAGGGCAUCGACUUCCUCCUGACGCGGUACUUCACCGUAGAGGCGGGAAGCCGAGCCAGCCAGCGGGUGCCCCAGAUCGCUGUGGUCAUCACAGAUGGGGAAUCCGCAGAUGAUGUGAAAGCGCCCGCCCAGCGCCUGAGGCAGAACGGAGUCAUUGUGUUUGGCAUCGGGGUGGGACAAGCCAACCGGGAGGAGCUCGAGUCCAUCGCCAACCGGCCUUCACACCUCUUCCUGUUCGCCAUCGAUAGCUACCAGGCUAUACAGAGGCUGACAGACAGUCUGCUGCGAACUGUAUGCGUCUCUGUGGCGGCUGAGAGGCAAGGUAAGGCAGAGGAUUGA